AUGCUCAAGCCCAAGGACCUAUGCCCCCGGGCGGGUACGCGCACCUUCCUUGAGGCCAUGCAGGCGGGCAAAGUGCACUUGGCCCGUUUCGUGUUGGACGCGCUGGACCGCAGCAUCAUCGACUGCCGCGCGGAGCAGGGCCGUACGCCGCUUAUGGUGGCGGUGGGGCUGCCGGACCCCGCCAUGCGCUCGCGCUUCGUGCGCCUGCUGCUGGAGCAGGGUGCGGCCGUGAACCUGCGGGACGAGCGCGGCCGCACUGCACUCAGCCUGGCCUGCGAGCGAGGCCACCUGGACGCUGUGCAGCUGCUGGUGCAGUUCAGCGGCGAUCCGGAGGCAGCGGACUCGGCGGGCAACAGCCCGGUGAUGUGGGCGGCGGCGUGCGGCCACGGUGCGGUGCUGGAGUUCCUGGUGCGCUCUUUCCGCCGCCUGGGCUUGCGCCUUGACCGCACCAACCGUGCUGGCCUCACAGCGCUGCAGCUAGCCGCCUCCCGCGGUCACGGGACCUGUGUGCAAGCCCUCACCGGGCCUUGGGGUCGGGCAGCCGCAGCGGCAGCGGCCCGGGGCUCCAACUCCGACAGUCCUCCAGGCCGUCCUGCCCCGGCGGCUAGCCCAGAGCGUCGACGGCCCAGCCCCCGUCGUCUACCGCGGCCCCUCUUGGCGAGGUUUGCGCGAGCUGCUGGCGGCCACGGCCACGGUCAUGGCCACGGCCAUGGCCACGGAGGUGAGCUUGCCUCUGCAGGCAAGGGCUCGGGCCGACACAGGGCACAAGGCAGCGAGAGGCCAGAGCUGGGCCGGAGCAUGAGCCUAGCACUGGGUACCAUGACGGAGGAGGAGACAGCACGCCUUCGGGCAGGAGCUCUGAUGGCCCGACCAAACUCACCCCAGUCUUCGGGGAGUGGCCGGUGGCGCUCACAGGAGGUGCUGAAGGGAGCGCCCCCAACCUUAGUGCAAGCCCCAAUCGGCCUUAGUCCUCAUCCCGAGGGUGGCCCAGGCUCUGGCCGCCUGGGUUUGAGGCGACGGUCCACAGCCCCAGACAUCCCCAGUCUGGUCGGGGAGGCCUCAGGGCCCGAGAGUGGCCCGGAAUUAGAGACCAACGCUCAGCCUUUCUCAGUCCCUGGGCCAAAGCCUUGGCAGGCGGGCACAGAGGCUGUGGUAUUGCAGGCUCAGCGGUAG